GGUACGCGCUGCCGAACGGAAAACCCUCCCCAAACAGAGGAACGCUUUUUUCGAAAGCCUCUGCGGUCUUCGCUUAGUUGUGUGUGUGUUGCGUGUGGUAUCGCGAUACGGUCCUUCGGAGUGGUGUCCACGCGGAUUUCGUGCGUUUGUAUUUGUCGAGUAGCGAAAAGGCUAUAAGUGAGCCACCUAGUUACCGAGCUCAGUGCCAGAGUUUGGCCAUUAUUGUUACGUCCUUCAUGCAGUGAUUUUUGUCCCACUUUACACCUUACACAUAUAGGAGGUCGUCGAUUUUGUCAUUCGCACCAUACCCAUCAUAAAAAGCAGUGCACAAAAAAGCCAGUGAAAAAAAGUGAGCAAGGGAAGAAAAUUUCCACCGGUGAAAAGUGUCGUGAGAAAAAAGCUUGCACAAAAGCUAAUAAAUAUUCAGUGAGAUAAAGCGUAACAAAGGCGAACGACAAAAGCAGACGAGCGAAAGGAAGCAAAAAGGAGUGAAUUAACUUUGUACAGAAGCGCACCCGGGCGGAUAUUGGUUUGUCCAAGUUGGGGCAGAAGAAAAAAACGUCACACCACGACGACAAGACAGCCGACGACGACCACUUCAGCUAAAGCUUUUUUAGAGGAUCAUAGACGUGGGGAAGCCUGCAAGAGUGCAGAUAGAACAGAACGUCUUCGCAGAGUGUGCUGUUUGAAGCGACCCAUCUAUCUUAACGUAUAUUACGUCGUACAUUUCCCGGUUGAAAAAUCUGUCUGGCAGAGUGACACCUGCCACCAGUGAAGGCAAAGGACCCUCAUUUCCCGGUGCUAAAUCCGUACCGUUAAAAAGGUUGGCGGUAAAUUUUUAAUAAUCACACCGGGAACGUCUCAAUCCUUCGCAGUCAAAAGCCCGGAACCGAAAAGAUGGCAAGUUUGGUACAACCGUCGACGGCAAGGUCGCAACAGGUGCUCCAACAGCAGCAGCAGCAAAUCGCUAUCGAGAUAGCAGCCGAUCCGGUUCCACAUCCUCCGCAGCAAAUCCACCAUCAGGAGCUUCAGGCCCAUGCCUUGCUAGCCCAAUGCCAACAGCAGCAGCCACAGUCUUUGCCGACGCCGAACGUUGACAUCGUAUUGCGGGAGUCCACCCGCGCCAACCUGAUCAGUCGCAAGAAAUCAUCCACCACCGGGGAGCACCGAAGAAGUGGCAAGUCCAAGGACGACAAGAACGAGGGAAAAUCCGUCUACCGAAAGUUCUUCAAGCGCAUCAAGACGAUACUGGAUGGAGCGGACCCCACGACGAGCAGCAAACCUGAAGCCGAAGAUUUGCCUGUGCCCCAGCGCUACUAUCCGGACUCGCUGGUAGAGCUAACGAAAACCGCCCGCUUCACCGAGGAUGAAAUCAAGCGAAUAUAUCGUGGCUUUAAGGCGGAAUGCCCCACCGGAAUCGUCAAGGAGGACACCUUCAAGGGCAUCUACUCGCAGUUUUUCCCGCUCGGUGCCAGUAGUGGUCAGUACGCACACUACGUGUUCAACUCCAUCGAUCUGGACCGCAAUGGGUCAUUAAGUUUCGAGGAAUUUGUGGCCAACUUAUCGAUUCUGCUGCGGGGCACCGUUGACGAGAAGCUCCAGUGGACGUUCUCGCUGUACGACAUCAACGGGGACGGCUGCAUCACCAAGGAGGAGAUGAAGGAAAUUGUAACGGCCAUCUACGAACUGAUGGGGAAGGUCCCGGAGGGAUGCGACGAGGAGCAAGCCAUCAAGGAGAAAGUCGAACGGCUAUUUGAGAAAAUGGACCGCAACUGCGACGGAAAAAUAACGCUGGACGAGUUCAUCGAGUGUUGCACCACGGACGAAAGCAUCCGCCGUUCGAUAGCCGUUUUCGAUACCAUCUUCUAAGCAGGAACCUACCACCGCCAUCCAUCCAUCGAUGACAGAAGUUACCUGGAAGGAUCGAGUAGCACUGCAAAAUGAACAAAACAAAAAGUAACCAAAAGUGAUAGAACGUGAAUCCCACAAACAAAAAAAAUGUUUUCCUUGCUGACCAAUUACCAGAACCCAGAGCAACCGAGCAGAACUGUGUAACUCAUACGCAUCCCCAGCAAACUUUUGCUUUGUACAAAAACUUUCCCUUUGGUUCGACCACGACGACGUCAUGAGGAAACUGGCAGGUGGUAUAUAGGGUGGUCAAACCUCACCAAAAGCUUCCUUCCUGUGUGUAGCUGUUAAUGUUCGGUUUCUUAUCUGGCUUGUGCGGGUAAAAUUAUUAUAUGAAGUUCGACUAACAGCCAGGCAAGUUGCUAGAUUCUAACUAAGCAUAAGGGUGCGGCUUGAUUUUAGGAUGUUUUCAAGGACCAAAGCUCGUGCAUGCUUCUAAAAGCAAAUCACAUAAGAAACAGAAACCUUAAAGUUUUAUAUGAUUUGAAUUCAGAUAAGCACACGAUCCUUCGGCUUUUCUAACUCUCAAAUAAGAAGCCGCACCCUAGUAGACAUGUAUGUGCAUCCACAACGAAUUAUGUAGGUCUUUCAAUAAAUAGCUAACAAUAGGAAGUAUUAAACCCAGAAGGUGGCUGAUUGCCAUCGAAUACUGGACCGGGCUUUCCUAAACUAA